AUGUCUACCACGCCACAAGGCUCUACAUCCAAUCAAGACGAAAUCACUUUAGUUACAACAACUACAGCUACAACUCUUACAGUGUCUGAACAAGAACAUACUGUUAUUAACGAAGAUAGUGAUAAUCGACGUCACGAGGCAUUUGAUUUGCCUAAAUCAAAAAAAUUUAAAUCAUCAACAACACUUAUUAGUAACGGUAGUGAUCUAACAAUCAUGUCAUCAAAUAGUAAUUCAACAAAUGUUGUUGAAGCUAUGGAACAUACUAAUGGAGAAAUGAAUUAUAAUGGGAAUAGUGAGAAUAAUAAUUCACAAGCAACACUACAAACUACAACACCUUAUCAAAUGGCUGGCGUUCUGCAACACCAAGCGUCAACAUCAUCGACAAAAACUCCUGAAAUUGAUGAAGGUCUUUAUUCUCGACAACUUUAUGUCAUGGGCAAAGAAGCUAUGCAUCAAUUAGCUAGUGCUCAUGUUCUUAUAUCAGGCAUGCGUGGUCUUGGUGUUGAAAUAGCUAAAAAUAUCAUAUUAGGUGGUGCUAAAUCAGUUAUUGUUCAUGAUUGUGGUAGUGUUACCUACAAAGACCUAUCAUCACAAUAUUAUUUUAAUGAAUCUAAUAUUGGUCAAAAUCGUGCUGAAGUUGCCAAUAAACAUUUAGCUGAGUUAAAUAGUUAUGUUAAUGUAACAUGUUCUUCUGCCACUAUUGAUGAUGUUUUUCUUCAAAAGAAUAAAGUCAAUGUCUUUGUUCUUACUGAUGCUAAUUUGGAUGAUCAAUUAAAAAUUGGUGAUUAUUGUCAUCAACAUGGAAUUAAAUUUAUUAAUGCUAAUACAAAAGGUUUAUUUGGGUAA